GCCUAAGCCUGUGAAGAGACCUGUGUGAGGGUGAAAGGUAUUGUAGUUUGUAAGGAGUUGACAUCCCAGCCCAUUGCAUUGAAUGGGAAGGCGAGGGCUGGAUGCAAACCGCAAACCAUACAGACGAAUGUCUUACCAUUCAGCUAAAGAGCAAGCUCUGUUUGAGAGGAAGAUGAAAGAAGAAGGUGAUAACGAGCCCAUCAUUUUAGGGAGAAUGAGGGGUCCGGGGCCUGGGAGGUAUGGCCUUCCCUCCACUGUGGGUUUCCGGAAACACGACCCCACCAAACAGAUGAAUCCUGCAUACUCCUUUGGCACGAAACUGGAGCCACUCCCCCGGAUGAAAGCCCCAGGAUCCAGCUACUUCAUUGACAGCAGAGUCACGCGGGUGGGAAACAAUGGGGCUCCAGUCUACUCCAUCCAGGGCAAGCAGAAGGACUUGACUUUCUUUCACGUUCCAGGACCUGGAACGUAUGCCAAUGAAAAGGUGCGUCCUGUCAAUGAACCGCGAGCUCCGGUCUACACCAUGGGCUCCAGAACGCGGUACAGGCGCUGUGACCCCAACCCGGCUCCUGACAGAUAUUCCCUGCACUCUAUGCUUGGCCCCAACAUACCCAACAAACUUUCCUAUCCCUCUUACUCCAUCACAGCCCAAUCCAAGGUGGGCCACUAUGCAUAUGAUUGGGCGAAGAGCCCAGGUCCCGGCCAGCAUGACAUGCCCAGUGUCAACAUCUACCUGCAGCGGCUUCCUAUUUACUCCUUGCUGGCCCGCCAACCCCCCAUUGGCAAGUACAAAAAGAGCCCUGGUCCAGGGGCUCAUUGGCCAGAGAAGGUCACCAUCAACUAUCCUAAAGCACCUUCCUACUACAUGGGCAUCAGGCACUCUGAGUUUGUUACCCCGGUUGUAGUGGAUGUCAAGAAUUGAGCACCUAUAGCUUUCACAUAUCUGGGGGAGUAAUCCCAUGACGUGAAGUUUAUUACAGCAUAAAUAUCUAUCGCAAUAAAGACAUUAUAUGAAAAGUGGAAUCUUUUUGCCAUUCUUUUGGAUUCCAAGUAACCCAUCUGCUGCAUGUGCCACACUACACAACCAAAAAUGCACAUAGAAAAUGCAAUAAUACCAAAACCAAUAACCAGGAUUACAGGACUGGUUUAAUAAAAAGCAAAACUGUUGCGGCUUUAUCCAGAUGGAUGCAUGGGGGAAACAUUUCAUUUUCACUCAGAUGGAGCCCCACAGAUUGUGCCACAGUAUAUUCAGACAAUUAGACAGGCUUUGGUCACACUUUAUAACCAUGGGCCGGCUUUUCAAAACGUUGGUGAUCUGAUUUCUGCACUUCAUCUGGAUUAUAUUGUGAAAUUGGGUUUUAUCAAAACGUCAACAUGACGCACUUUUUAUCACGAUUAAAUAUAAUUGGAUUUAGAGAGGCGAUGAGGAUUACUUUUAUUCAAAAUAUCAGGAUCAUUUUGAUCCUACUGAGAAGGUGGGUUUCGCUUUUAAAUAAUCAUAGAACAUAUAUAUUUUGUUUGAAUUUUGAUAGAAAACACAUGCUAUAUGCAAAUAGAGUAUUAAUACAUGUUUCACAUAUUUUUUUAAGUUUUGUAUCCAUGCUGGCAAAUUAAUGCAUGUCUGAUUAAGGAAAAAACACAUUUAGUGGUAUAGCUUUUGUCAAGAACAACAGCUUUGUUUUCCAUUUAUUUACAUGUUUUUUUUCAGUGUGUCUGUGUGCUGUGUAGAAAUAAAGAUGUGGGGAACAUGACAUAUCUUUAAUGUGAAACGCCAAUGGAGGAUCCUUCUGAAAGUAGUUGUUUACAAUGGCAUCCCUCACUGCCUGUCCAGCAAGCUGAUCCUGUGCAUCAUAGUGUCCUACCUGAGGCUCAGGCAGGUCAUCUCUCAAAUUCUCACCUUCAAUGGCUGGUAUAUUGUGAUUGAUAGCAAUACCGUGCAAAUCAAUGCAGGCUAGAAUGAUUCUGCAUGCUUGUAGCAGAUCAAUA